AUCGAAAAGACAUUCCUUAACUCCACCACAAGCUGCUCUGGCUUGUAUUUCCUGAGCUUUGUCACUGAACAGAGUGUCGAGUUCAUCAAAGAACAUAGGUUUAUACGACUUGUUCACGAAAUCUUCGUAUUUUGUAUCUUCAUGGUCACCCCAAGUGCAUGGAAAAUCAACGAACACUUUUGAACAACAAGCAAGGAAACAGUAAAGGCUGUACGAUCAAAGGAUCCAUCAGGAAAUUGCAGCUAAUUCUUGCCAAGUGCCGUUGGAAUCAAGUGUGGGAAAUUAAGUGUUUCCUGGCAUUAUAUGAGAGAUCUUUGGCGACAUUGAACAGUUUCUAACACUUAAUAUGGAUAUCUUGAAAGUGGGACACAAAGAAGAGAUAUUCUAGAGCAAUCUUUCACAGCUUGUCAUUGGCUGUAUAACGCAAUAACAAAGAUGAACUAUCGGGUAUUGUGAUUGCGUUGUAACUCCCAGGAAAUACGAAUAUAAUUUCAUCGCCUCUCAUAGUUCUGAAUAACAUGAAGUAUUCCUUCCUUUGCGAAGAAGAACUUUUUCCAAAUCAAAGCAGAAAAUCUUCAGAAAAAGCGUCAUUUUUCAGUGUUUUAUUGCAUUUGUAUUCUUCAUUAUGACAACACGUUGUUCAAGUGCAUCAAAUUUGAGCGAUUUAAUCCGCAGGGAUAACUCAGUGACUGUUCCUGGGGUGGGAAAAUCACGAACAUUUGGAUGUCAACUCUCAACGUUGGCUGCCAAUGAUUGGCAAGAUGUUGUUAAUCAAGUUACGACGCUAUUUCAAACCAAAAGGAUGUCGAUGAAGCUUCAUGAGCUAACAGAGAAAGUAAAAAACGUCAAGUCUGAGGCGGGUAAUGCAAUAAACGAACUUUACCGGGAGUCAGUUUUAAAGAAAGGCAUGAUUAUCUUGCGAGAGGAAGUGAGAGAGAAAUCUGGUGAUUAUUUGCAAAAGUUAGCUUAUUGUUGGACCGUUUUCUUUUGCAAUAUCUUGCCAACGUUGCAAGCUGUAUUUGCUUCCUUGCCUCAGUCAAACGGGCUCGCAGUACGGGAGAUAUCUCUGGUGUAUUUCAGAGAUAUUGUGGUCUUGAAAACGAAGUUGGAUGAGGUGAUCGGUGAAGGAAGAGAGGUUCCCCCCCGGAUUGUGCAAAUGUUGCUCGUGCUGCAGAGUGUUCAUGAUAGCAAUGUUGAGAACUAUCAGAAAUUGGAAAGAAUUGUGGCAAAAACAGUUCAUCCCUAUCUCAGUACUUCAAUAUUGUCCCUUACAAAAGCCAAGAUAUCAAACAUAGAGACUGAUCCAAUAGAACUACAGCAUCAACCUAAACAUUUCAUGGUUGGAAAUGAACGACUUGACCCUGUAAUUGAAGUUGACGUUGGAUCACAGAGAUCCUCUGUGUCGUCCACGUCGAAUGAAAGUAUGACUCUGGCUCCAUCCUCGCUUAAAGUACAAAACAAUGAACCUGGUUAUUCUCAUAGUACCCCUUUGUGAUAAACAAAAUCUCAAUUAUUU